AUGAAGUAUAAUGUAUGCUGUGACUACAGCUCCGAAAUCUUGUUGCGCCAAAUUCUUGAUGUGCUGAAGCACUCGACCAUUUUCAAGAAACCACUCCCAUCGGAUGACUGGAAUGGCUUUUGGGAUGUAUACGAUCAGGAAGCAGAAGAGUUUGAUAAAUCAUUCGUUGAAAAGUACACUUCGGAUUUGGACAAUAGUCUAAUUUUCGCAGGUCUUUUUUCGGCCGUCAAUGCCACUUUCUUAGGGACAAUGCUCCCUGACCUGAGCCCUGUUCCCAGCGACACGACAAAUGCCUUAUUAACGAUGAUAUACUAUCAACUCAAUAACACCACGUCUCCAGAGCAAAUAUCGAGCAUUUCCUCGUGGAAUGGCCCCCUUUGGAUUACCAUCUGGACCCAGACCCUCUUGUAUGCUAGUCUCUCAGCCAGUCUUCUGGCUGCUCUUGGAGCCGUCUUGGGCAAGCAGUGG